AUGUCAAAUUUUAUCUGUUCCCUAGGUAACCAUGAUCAUCAUCGUCUAUUGGUUGAAUUAGGUAAAGAACGUAAUAUAUUUGGUAAAGAUGCGUUUCAACGUAUUAGACUAGGUGCAAUAAUUCAAAUGACAGCAAUUGGUAUUCCAAUGAUUUGGAUGGGAGAAGAGAUUGGUGAAUAUAAAUCCAAAACCUUGGAUAUGUCGAAAAUUGAUUGGACCUUAAUUGAAUAUAAACUAAAUAAUUCAAAUAUAUUAAAUACUGAUUUAUUUGAAUUUUAUUGUGGUCUCUGUCGACUGAGAACUAAAAAUAGUGCAUUUUAUAAUUCAACAAAUUUUCAGUUUCUACAUCAAGAUAAUGAACGAAAAGUAUUAGUUUAUCAUCGAUGGUCUGAUAAAGGUGAUCAUAUUGUAGUUAUUCUAAAUCUAUCCAAUGAUUAUCUGAAUGACCAUAGAAUACCAAAUAUCCCUUUGAAUGGUAAAUGGCACGAAUGGACAUUAAAUUAUGAUUUAUUCGUAGAAAAUCAUCAACUAACAAUCAGUUUAACUAAACAUGAAGGCAAAAUUUUAGUACAGACAGUGUGA